AUGGAUGAACGAAGAAUUGGUGCAGAAGAACGAGGAAUGGAUAUAGAAGUGGGUGAGGAAAACGGAAGUGUUGGUGAUAAAGUAAGGACGGUUGGAGAUGAAGUAAGGAAGGUUGGAGACGAAGAAGGAGUGCCUGGCAGCGAAGAGCGAAACCCUGGCGGUGAAGGGAGCAGUCCUGGUGGCGAAAGGCAAAAUCCCGGCGGUGACGACAACGCAGCGGAGGGUGGCGAACAGAGCCAAGAAAUUGUGAUUGAAAGAGCGGGAGAAGAAAUGCAAACGGCUGGAAAAUCGUGGCCAGAUAUUGUUAGUUCGCAGAAUUUAAGUUAAGGAGUUGUUCCGUUACCACAUGCUCGGUUUGGUGCUAAGGUCAUCGAUGCAGUGUUAAAAUGUGUAAGACAAGAUACAAUUAAAUGUGUGCAACAAGUUCCUGGACCUCGGUAUCGUUUGACUUUUCGCUCGUUGGAAUAUAAACAAUUAUUUUUAGAUCAACCGUUUUAUUUGCGGGGUGAACGAGUUAUUGCUCAAGAGCUUGAUAUGGCCACGUUACAAGCGAAAAUUUUGUAUGCCCCUAGUGAAAUUUCUAAUCAAACGAUAGCUGCAACGUUGGCGAAGUAUGGCAAAAUAGUGAAGGUGGAUCGGGAAAUGUAUCGUGAUUGGCCUAAUGUCGAAACUGGGGUUCGACUGGCAACAAUGAGUGAAUUAACUGAGGGGAUUCCCCGUCGUCUCUUUAUUGGCCCUUAUCCGAUAGAAACUAGAUAUCGUGGGCAAGUGCCUUUAUGUGGUCGAUGUGGCGAAUAUGGUCAUCGAGUUGCUACAUGUUCGAAUGAUGUAAAGUGUUUCAAGUGUGGUCAAAAUGGUCACAUACAACGUCAAUGUUUCAAGUGUUUUCUAUGUGGACAGUUUGGGCAUGUCAGGGCAAAUUUUCUCGAGAAUCGACGUGACGUGUCCAAUGACAGCGAUGAUGAAACGUCGGAAAGUAAUUUGAGUAACGAUAUUGGUCGUGAUGAAGACCGUAGCGUAGACUCUCGGUCGAAUGAUGAAGAUAUGGACCCUGUGGACUCGACAAGUUGUAAGGAUCCAGGUGACAUCAGAGAUGAAGUCAUGAACAAGAUAUAUAAUGAUGUCAGCCAAUCUUACUCAGCAGAACAAGGAUCUGUUCAAACCGUCGAGAACAACAAAAGAAAAGCAGAAAAGGACGUUUCCAUACCUGACGAAGGUGUUAAGGUUCCUGGAGACUCCACUGACCAACGU